AAAAUCUAUAUUUUCUUUUUCUUUUUCCUUUAUUGUUCCUGUUCCAUGGUUGCGUUUGCCAACAAUUCUCUCUUUGGAUGCUUACAUUUCAAAGAUAAAUUAUGGUUAAUAGUUCCAACGGACUGAGGGAGAAGUGUAGGUUUUACUUAAGAAUGAACUCAGGGGCAUACUUGCCUAGUCUUAGAUGUCUAGUGUAAUUACUAUAAACUUUUUCUUUCCUUUAAGAGAAGGGUAGUCCAAGAAAUUUUUUUUGGUAGAACAGUCCCAAUGUGUGGAAGGCCUGGAACCAGUGGGGUGUGAUUACAGAGUAAGGGACAACAAAUCAAAAUUUUCUGUGUAUCUUCUGAGUCUUUGUCAAAUCUAUUUCCUGGUUAUCAAUAUUUACCUAACUUUUACACCUGCUUCAGUGCCAUCUGCAGAUCCUGACCUUUUUUCUAAGUUUGAUCACUGCCUAAUCUUGUUAAGGAAGUGUUUUGUUUUCUCUUUUCUCACAAGAUGUUCUUCUGUAUCAAUUUCUCUCUCUUCUCUCUUUCUUUCUUUUCAAUCUAGUCUUCCCAUAGGUACCAAUAAGGCAUUUGUUUAAGACGAGAGCUCUCUUACUGGUGACUCCGAACAAGUAGGUCUUUUUUAUGCUUAAAACCAAUAAGCCAGGGAGGAGGGUAAAGCUCAGUGGUAGAGCAUGUGCUUAGCAUGCACAAGGUCCUGGGUUCAAUCCCCAGUACCUCCAUUAAAAAUAAAUAAACCGAAUUAUCUCCAGACACACACACACACACACACACACACACACACACACACACACACACACAACAAACCCAAAACAAUAAGCUGUUUAUGCUUAACCAUGUUCACAAGAAGUGUCCUUGUGAGCCCUCUCAAUGCAGAGCCAGUCUGAAGACAACUUAAAAAGCAAAGACGUUCAUUGGCACAGGUGGCAAAGAAACCUCUACCUCCCACAAGUGAGACACCGUAAAUCAUGGACCCGCUAAUCUGUGUUACCAGGAGGGUGAUACUGGGAUGAGAAUUUUCCCAGCACAAGCAAGGCAAGAACGCAAAGAGAUGACACAGGCCCCUUAUGGUCGGUGACCCUUUAUUAAGACACACUUCCCUGAGAGCUGCCGUGCUUGGACCAAGUUGCCUGUCACGUCAUGUCUCAGGCUGCUAGCUGGCUCAGGACAUAACACAAGACAAAUGCGGAUUCUCAUCUUAUGAUUUCUCAUCCUUAUGACAAAUGACACAAAAGAGACAAAGGAAAAUAUGACUCUUUCUGGGAGGGUAAGAAUCAACAUCCAUAGGCAUGGAUUACCAAAACCAAAUUCACCAAAGUCAGGAUUUGAGAGCUAUUUGUACAAAUGUUUCCUCCUGCCAUUGUGAAUUUGGAGAAGAGGAGACAAGGAGAAAUGUUUAUCCUCCUCUUGACCAUGCACUGCAAACAGAGAUCUGGGAAACGGAUGUGCUUCAGAAAUCUCACCUUCUGCGGGUCUGCUCUCAGUUACCCCAUAUCUCAGCUGUGAUGUCGCAAGACAGUGGAUUGUUCCAGCCUUUACUGUCCCAUCCUCACCACCAGAAACUGUACACUAGGGAAAAAUAACUUUUCCUCCUACCCUUUUAGAUUUUUGGUGGGCUCUAUAACAAAAGAGAAAAAUAAAUAAGUGUAUUAACAUGCGUGUCUCAUGUAAACUUGGAAGAAAUGCAAGCAUGAAUAACUUAAAGAGGUGGUUGGAGCUCAGACCUACAUAACAUGUUAAUCAAAGAACAAUGUAUUUUUACAAGAGUGGUAUGACAGAGAAAAAGGGUCUUAAGCUUCAAAGGGUCGCAAAUUGUAGGCAGAUAAAUCUGUAAGAAACCAGUGGAAGAUACUAGCUAGUCAGUCCAGGCUGUUAGGUCGUGUCCUCCAGGGCUGUCUUGGGGCCGACAGGCAUCUAGGCUUGUUGGAGUUUGACAUUUGUACAAAUCUAUGUUCUGCAUUCAGGCAAAUAGCGGGUAGAGAGAGAAAUUUCCUUGGAUCUGCUUCUUCUCAAUUGCCUUCAGUUCAAAAUAAUCCUUAUGCUGAAGGGGUGUAGUAUUUGGUGGCAUUUGGUGCUAUUCAUCUGUAGGUUUUAUUACAAGUUUCCCUGCCUUAUAAUGACCCCCUUAUGUUCUAACACAGAAAGGUGAAAUAGGCUUUGUCAAAAAGGAGUUGUUAGGAUUGCUGUUCCCAUGAGCCAUAUUUACAACAGUAAAACAUUAAUUUAGAAAUUAAAAAUCUACAGUAGUAUCCAAAGAAGUUAGUAUAGGAAUCUGGCUGAGCAGCGUGCUGCUGUGCUAUGUCCCUGUGGAAACAACAGGCAGGGUGUCGUAUUCUUUUGUGGAAAGUGUAUUUAAGGAAAUUUUAAUUGAAAAAGAUGAAGACCCCAGAGCAAAGGCACAUAAAACAAUUUAAUGAGAAUGAGUGUUAAUCAAAGAUGGGAGCUCGUUUUCAGUUGCGUAAAAUGUUCGUUCCAUUUUUUUAAAUUUCUAGUCGCUCAAAUUCAUUACGAAACAAGAGGAAGUUUCUCUUUUGGCAGCAGUGCUAAUCCAGAUUGUUCCUGAUCAAUAACUUUAAACAAGCUCAUUUCAUUAUUUUCCGGCAGGUGAGUCUUAGGAUGCGAGAAUAUCCCUCUUCAAACAUAAGAAAGAAAACAUUUUAAGGCAGUGGGCCAAUAAAUGGUUCCUGUUUCCCCCGAAUCUCAAGGGGUAGAGCUCCCGAACCCCCAGGAGUAAGGGAAGUCCAAAGGAGUUAAAUACUGGGGCCGGCUCAGCCCCGGGCAGACUGCAGUCCGGGCACCUCAGUCACCAUGAAGGCUCUCCUUGUGCUGGGGCUCGUCCUCCUCGCUGUCGCUGUGCAGGGCAAGGUCUGGGAGAGAUGCGAGCUGGCCCGAAAGCUGAAGAAACUCGGAAUGGAUGGCUACAGGGGAGUCAGCCUGGCCGACUGGAUGUGUUUGGCCAGAUGGGAAAGUAGUUAUAACACGAAAGCUACAAACUACAACCACGGCAGCGGAAGCACCGAUUACGGGAUAUUUCAGAUCAACAGCCGCUACUGGUGUAACGAUGGCAAAACUCCAAAAGCAGUGAACGGCUGUGGCAUCAACUGCGACGUUUUGCUGCAAGAUGACAUCACUAAAGCCGUACAAUGUGCGAAGAGGGUUGUCAGGGACCCUCAAGGCGUUAGAGCAUGGGUGGCAUGGAAAAAUAAAUGCCGAGGCCAAGAUCUCAGGAAGUAUGUUGUGGGUUGCAGAUUGUAACUGCGGAGUUUCCUUCUUCAGCUUAUUUUCUCUCUUUUUCAUAUCAAGGAAGUCAUCAUUUAAGUGACAGGUCAUACUACCAUUCUUUCAAGCAAAUAAUGUUUCUACAAAUGCAGGAGCAUGUAGUCUUU